CGCACUUGCAACCCAUAGAUUCACACUGCGUUUUUUGAGCUUCGAUGGCAGCCGCGCAUGCUUUGGCCGAUGCUGUUGCCAAAGUUCUGUGUGACGACAAGGAGAUGCAGCGUGGCAUUUACGCGUCAUUGAGCAACAUCAAGGAUAUCGAUGAACAGCUUGUGGCGAUCGAUUCCUUGAGCGAGAAAGGCCUUGGGCUUCGCACUGAGCCAAAGUCACAGCCAGGCCCUGGUGGCCCCGGUAGUGGCGCUGCAGCGCUGCCAGCUGUGCCUCCUACACCACAACUUUUGGCCCCGACUCCACCCGCCACCGGGCUUGCCAGGAAAGCAACGCCAGCGGAGCGCUUUGUGAUGUGGUCCCCCAUGGUGGACACACAUAUUGCUGUUCGCGAUAUUGAUGAAUUACGAGAAGCAGAUCGAAGCACCUUGGUUUUGGAGGUGCCCAAGUCUCUGAAAGCUUCGACCUCUCUGCCAGAACUGAGACGAGAAAGCCAGGAAAGCAGAGUGCAGAGAAAGAAACUACAACCAGCCGCCGCUGAGUUGCGACGCAGUGCGUUGAAUAUGGGUUUGCCCCCGCAACUGACCACCACCUACAUGUCACAGUGUAUGGUGCCGGUGCAGAAAGCAGUGGAUCCAAAGUGGUCUACUGAUUUGAAGCGAGCAGACUGGCGGAAUGCCCAGCGCAUUCAGUAUGAUAACCGCCUAUCAGCAUCUACAACUGGCUCCAUUUCUCCAGAGAUGCACUUUUUGGAAAGACAUCACUGAGCCUGGCAACAGUCACCCUCUACUUGAGCAGUUGCUUGCCAAAGUGUCCAGGGCAACGGUAGCUGCCUUCGAUAUAAACUGAUGUGCUUCGUGACCAGCAUGCCCUGCAAAUGCAGGAUGGCCAGUUGAACUGGGCCAACUAGCCCAAAUCCAAUCCAAUCCACAGAUCCUUCUGAAUGUGGAAAAGGAGAGAUUUGGCCCAGAGGGUCCAGCAGGACGCAGAUUUGGUUUCACAACCAAAGCACAAGGGGCCAGCAACAGCAGCAACAUUUUUCUUGGCUGUCUCUUGCCCUUGGUCCAUGCGGAUUCAGCCUCACCAAGUGAAGCUGAAAGCCACAUGAGGUUUGCAGAAAAAGGCCUUCAUGGUGUUUCAUGGUGUGCAGGACCACAUGUGUAAGGCUUGACAAUAAAGCUUGAUGAAGCUUGCAGCUUUCAGGUUUCUGAAGCGUUUGGCAAACCAAUCUCA